AUGUACUGUGAUUUGUGGAAGCAUUACUGGUGGAGUAGGAUGAAGAAGCAUAUUGUUGAGCAUGUUGCACGGUGUUUCAACAGUCAACAGAUGAAGUAUGAGUAUCAGAGAUCGGGUGGUUUUCUUCAGAGCUAUCAGUCGAGCAUCCAGAUGACUCUUUAUGGGGCCUUAUAUGGGAGACGUUGUCGUUUUUCGGUUGGCUGGGUUAAGCCUAAGGAGGCUAGGUUGUUGGGCAUUGAUCUAGUAUGUGAUGCUUUGGAGAAGGUGAAAUUGAUUCAGGAGUGCCUUCGUACAGUGGAGUACAUGCAAAUGAGUUAUGCAAAUAAUAAGGCUCGUGAUGUGGCAUUCAUGGUGUGUGAGAGAGUUCUACUAAGAGUUUUGACUAUGAAGGGUAUGAUAAGGUUUAAGAAAAGUAGCAAGUUGAGCCCUCGGCUUCGGAAGUACUAUGAGGACCCGUCACAUGUGUUAGAUUUCAGCUCGGUGCAGUUGAACAAGGAUUUGACUUAUGAUGAGGAGCCACUGGCCACUUUAGAUAGGCAUGUUCGCAAGUUGAGGUCGAAGAAUAUUAGAUUGGUGAAGGUUCAGUGGAAGGGUAUACCGGUCGAGGAGGCGAAUUGGGAGACUGGGAAUAAUAUGCAAGGCAGAUAUCCUCACCUUUUCGGCAUUUCAGGUAUGACUCUAAACUUGUUCGAGGAUGCACGUUUGUGUAAGAGAUGGAGAAAGUAA